AGAUAUCUUAGCAAUUGCUUACACAUAGGACAAGGCAGGAUGAGGUACAGCUUACAGCAAAGGAGCACAAUAAAACAAAACACUUAAGUUUGAACCUGGGAAGGUCUCUGUUCCCUGAAGCUGGCAGCAACACCUGUCAUACCACUUCACACAUCUGGAAUACAAUUCAUCUGCAUUUGCCUGUGUCUGACAGUGGGGAGUCAUGGCAUCAAAUGCUCAAGGACCAAGUGGGGUUGUUGUCAUGACCCAAGUCUAUUCACCACCUGAAAAUGGAAAUUUUCAACAGAAUCCAGCAAUCUGCACAUCUCGACUAUGUAGACUUUCUGCCCCAGUGAAGGAGUUUGUAAAGGGUGAGCCAAAAGCACUUGGGGCUACUCAGAUUAUGAUUGGUGUAAUCAACAUUUUGUUCGGAAUUGCUUUGGCUUUUACUGGAUUGUCUGCAACAGUCAUAGCAGGAAUACCUUUCUGGGGUGGACUAGUGUUUAUUAUUACUGGAUCCCUGACUGUCUCUGUUGACAAGCAUAACAACAUUUGUUUGGUAAAGGGAAGUCUGGGAAUGAAUAUUGUGAGCUCUCUAACGGCAAGUUCUGUGGCUAUUCUAUAUUGCAUUGAUGCAGUGAUUAGUUACUCUGAGUACUACAGCUGUGAUAACUACAGUUCUCCUGAAAAUGAUUACUGCAUGCAGCUACAGAUUGCAACAGAUUUAACUGUGAAAUGCAUCAAAGGCAUACUUGUGUUUUUCGCUGUCCUUGAACUCUGCAUUGCCAUUUCGCUAGCCGCCUUUGGUUGUAAGGCCACCUGUUGCACAUACAGCAGCCCAUCACAGCCUAUCAUACUGAUGCAAAAUCCUCAGGUCCUGCAGACUUCUGAAGGAUUCCCUCCACAACCUCCUCAUGUUGCACAUGUUUUACAACCUCAACAGACUCCUCAUUUACCAACAUGGAAUAUGGACACACAGCCUGAUCCACCAGCAUACCAUGAUCCUGCAUUUUUUAAAAAAUAUGGUGUUGUUAAGACUUCCUUCUGAAUGAAUCACCAAAUCCUACUACUGCUACCUCCUUACUGCAGUGAACAGAUGCAUGCACAAUAGAGGUGAAAACAUAAGCAUACUGCAGGAUCUCAAGCAUAUAAGUCAUUGAUGAUUCAAAAUGUCUUUCAUAAAAUAUGGAUAAAUAUGGCUAUUUAAAAGAUGUAUAUGAUUACAUAUGUAUGGCACUAAUGAAAAUCCGUUGUAUUCAAUAUGGAAAAAAUAGAACAACCACGGACUGAGAAACAGAAAACAUUAGGCUUAGGUGGUAUAUUAAUUAAAAAAGUGAAUAAAUGGGCAACUGUUAAUCUCUGUGGACUUUUAAAGUGGAUACAAUGCACUGUAGCUUUAUUUGCUUGAAACAGCUCUCAAAUGAAUUUAGUAUGACUCUUAAAAAUGCAGUCAACAGUGUACUAGCUUCAAGACUUCAAAGCAGGCAGAAGUAGCUGUUACUGGUCCCUCAACAGUAAGUGAGCUAUUGGUCCUCUCCCAGUGUGCUGAUCUGACAUUGUAAAUUUGCUUUCUGAUACGUUUACAGGAUAGAUUUAAACUAUAAAUUCUUAAGGGGAAUAGUGCCCACAA